AUGAGCGAGGAAGCAGCGACAAACAAACCGACGUCGGGUCUGGUAUCCUUCGUGACCGGUGGCUUCGGCGGAGUGUGUCUUGUGGCAACUGGUCACCCACUGGACCUCAUCAAGGUCAACAUGCAGACGCAGCCGAAGGCACUUCCUGGUGAGCCGCCCAUGUACUCCAACGCGGUCGACUGCGCCCGCAAAAUGAUCGCCAAGGACGGGGUUCGCGGUCUGUACCGUGGAAUGUCGGCACCUCUAGUGGGUGUCACCCCGAUCUUCGCCACGUGCUUCUGGGGCUACGACAUGGGCAAGCUCAUUGCCAUCAAGUCGUCGGGUCAGUCACCGACGACGCCACUGUCCAUGGGGCAGAUCAUGUUUGCUGGUGGCUUCUCGGCCAUCCCAGCCACUGUGGUCAUGGCGCCUGGCGAGCGCAUCAAGUGCUUGCUCCAGAUCCAGGCGCAAGCAGUUGAGCGCGGUGAGCCCAAGCUGUACGACGGUAUGGUCGACUGUGCCAAGAAACUGUACCGUACUGGUGGUCUCUCGAGUAUUUUCCGCGGAUGGGAAGCUACUCUGCUGCGUGAUGUUCCAGGUUCUGUGGGAUACUUUGGCGGCUUUGAGGCAAUCAAGCGCGGUCUGACGCCCAAGGGCAAAGAUCCAUCAGACUUGAACGCGUUCCGUGUGUUUGUGGCGGGAGGUUUUGCCGGUAUCAUCAACUGGGUCAUCGCGAUCCCGCCCGAUGUGAUCAAGUCGCGUAUCCAGACUGCUCCGGAGGGCACGUACCGCGGCAUCGUGCACUGCUUCCAGGUGCUCAUGAAGAACGAGGGCCCUGGCGCGCUUUUCAACGGUGUGGGGCCUGCUAUGGCUCGUGCAUUCCCGGCCAACGCCGCCUGCUUCCUUGGCGUAGAGUUCUCCAAGAAGUUCCUGGGCUUCUUUGGUCUCUACUAG